UUAGAAGUCCUUUUCCGGUUACCAUAACCAAAUAGACAUGAAGGAAUUGCACACCAGUCAGAGUGUGAAGAUCCCUAAGGGAGUGACAUGCAGUGUGAGGGCCAGGAAAGUGAUCAUUAAAGGACCACGAGGAACCUUAACUAAGACCUUCCGUCACCUGGCUGUGGACAUCUCCAUGGUUAGCAAGAACACCGUCAUGGUAGAGAAAUGGUUUGGCAAACACAAGGAGUUGGCAGCAGUCAGGACUGUGUGCAGUCACAUUGAAAACAUGAUCAAGGGGGUCACAAAGGGCUUUCUAUACAAAAUGAGGUCAGUGUAUGCCCAUUUCCCCAUCAACUGUGCAGUUCAAGAAGGUGGUCAUGCAGUAGAGAUCAGGAAUUUCUUGGGAGAGAAAUUUGUGCGAAGGGUGGACAUGUUGACUGGAGUGUCUAUCAAGGCUUCCACUCAAAAAGAUGAGUUCAUCCUGGAAGGCAAUGAUAUAGAGGCUGUUUCUAAUUCAGCUGCCUUGAUUCAACAGUCAACAACUGUAAAGAACAAGGAUAUCAGAAAAUUCCUGGACGGUAUUUAUGUUUCAGAGAAGACUACAGUGGUUGCUGAAUAAUUAAAUGAACUGCACAAAAAUAAAGUUAAAAAAAACAAA